AAAAAGAUAUCAAAGAAAUAUGAUAAUUUAAUAUUUUAAAUACAAUUAAAAUAAUUAGAACGUAAGGAGACUUAAACAAAUAUUGAAGUUUUUACCGUUAACCUCUGUUUUUGAAUACAUUUGUUUUAAUACAAAUAAUGAGUAGUAUAUUUUAUAUAAAAUAUAACUGUUGAAUACACACACUGUUAGAAACAAUGGACGUAGAAAAGAAUAUUUGUGUACAGUUUUUAACAAACUUAAAAGCAAACGGAAAAAUAUACUCUGGUUUUGAAACAUCGCUUAAUACAUUACAAACUUAUGCAGCGUCGAGGGGCUUGGAGGACGAUGAUAUGAAUUUACUAAUAAAUGUUAUUAUAAAUACAGAUUUAGGUGCUACUAAAUUAAUAGGCUUAAUAAAAUGUUUAGUUCCAAGGUAUAAAAUACCUGAACAAACGUUUAAAUUGAUUACCGCAUGGUGGUUAUCGUCUGUGAAUAAGUUACCAAUUACAGUCUCUAUUAAUAUUAUACAAUGGAUAGUUGGUUUGUGGAAUCAUCGAUUAAUAAAUAACAAGGUGUUAAAUAUAUAUUAUAGCAACUUAUUUUACAUAAUGCUGAAGAAAGGAAGUCUGGAAAAGUAUAUAGCACAACUUAUUUAUGUAUUAACCAAACCUCAAGAUGUAACACGUAGAGAUGUGACACGACUGAUCAAGUUACAUCAGAAAUAUUCUAGACCUCAGAAACAUAUUGUUGUAUUAUUAUCAUUAUUCAAAUCUUACAAACCUGAACUUGUUCCUGAACAAGUUGAAUCUGUAAAUCUAGAGAUUGUAUGGAGACCGAUACCAGAGGGACUGCAAGGAAUGCUACAAAGUGCUAAAGAUCGCUUAGAAAUUCAAGAAACACAAUCCCAAAACUCUAAACAAUUUAAUUGGAAUACAUUUCAGUAUGGUAGAACAAACAAAUCGGUGACUCCGCUGUUACCAUCUGUACAAUAUUUCCAAAUUGGCUCUAAUGUUUUUAAAGAAAAGGAUACAAAAACUAUUUUUGAUAUAUCCAAUGUAGAAGAUUUGGGAAAAUCGUAUUUUAACUUGGAAUUGCCGUGUACUGCAAUAUCUCUUUUAGCUAAUACAGCUGGAUAUCAUCUUCUUACAUACGCAGAUUUUCAUUAUCAAAGUAGAUUUGCCUACAAUCUUUAUAAUACUUUAAUAAGAGCAUUAAUUCUGGAAGGCGAGAAAUUUUCUGAGGAAGAAAUUAAUAAUUUACUCGAUAUGACUGUUCAAUUUUUGCGGUACAUGCAACAGGGUAUACUUGUUGUUGGUCGUUUCCUCGGUGAAUAUCUUUAUUUUAAUACGGGAGAACACCAAUCGAAGAUACUAGCCUUAUUACAAUGGAUGACACUGGCAUCUGUUAGUGACUUACAAGAAAAAGUAUUGGCACACUUGAAAAACAUGUAUUACGAAUCUUCAUUAAAAGGAAAAUGUGAAAUUAUCAAAACAUUAAGGAUAUUGAUUAUAAACUUGUUUGUUAAUCAUGGAUUUGAAGAAUGCCGUCGAGGAAGUUCGGCCCCAUUUCUGAAGCAAGCUCCAGUGGAUAACUUGGAAGAUAUUAUGGCUAUUCUUACAGAAUUCGUCAAAGAUCUUAUUGUAUCUGGCUUAAAUAUUCAUAUUUAUGAUACUUCACUACUUUCAGAAGCUUUGUUAUUUUAUGAAGAGGUUAUUAAAUUGGAAACCCGUAGUACAAUAUUAUCGUUCACAUUAGCACCACCAGCAGUAAUAUACGGAGGUUUCCUUUCACCAAGUUGUGCAACUUUAUCGAGGAUUUGUAAAUUAUUAUUAAGGUAUCACCAAAGGAGUAUAAAAUUAAAGAAAAAGCGACAUCAACAUAACUUAUUACUAACAAGAAGUAUUAGGAUGAUAUCUAUUUAUGCUCAAGAUAUUAUAAAUGCACUCUGGCACGAUAAGCCAUUUACUAAACGGAAGAAUAAAUACUUCUUAAGUUCCUUUCCAAAGAAAAUAUUAGAUGAUUUGGAAUAUUGUAACUUAAAU